AACACACAACAAAAGAAGAAGAAAAAAGGCAUUAUGGAAACACAAAAGAAGUCUCAUGAACUAAUCUUUGAUCAAAGACGUUCAGCCAAUUAUACUCCAACCAUUUGGAAAUAUGAUUUCCUAGAGUCUCUUAACAACAAAUAUGAUAGUGAAGAGUACAAAAUGCAGGCUGAGAAGCUUAUCGAGGAUGUGAGGCAUAAUAUUGUUGAAACAAAGGACUUGAAGACUAAGCUAGAGCUGAUUAACACCAUCAGAAAACUAGGCUUGACAUAUCAUUUCGAGGACCAAAUCAAGAAAGCUCUCGACACAAUAUCAUCAUCUUCUAAUAUUGAUAUCAAAUAUCCCCUCCUAGGAGAGGAUCUCUAUCUUACUUCAUUAUAUUUCAGGCUCCUUAGGCUACAUGGAUAUCAAGUUUCACAAGACAUGUUUAUUGGCUACAAAGCUGUGGAUUGCAGAAAAGGGAGACAUAAAAUCACAUCCGCGGAGGUGAAAGUGAUGAUAGAGCUUUCAGAGGCCUCAGAUGUAGCUUUCGAGUGUGAAAACACUCUAAUUGAGGCUAAAGUUUGCGCGGAAGAAAAUCUCAAGUUUACCUUUUCUAAUAUUGAUGGAAUAAGCUGCAAUAAUAAUAAAUAUCUUCCCAAACAUGUGGCUCAUGCUCUGGAGCUUCCACCUCAUUGGAGGGUUCAGUGGUUUGAUGUAAAAUGGCAAAUAGAAGCUCAUGAACAUGGUGGCGAAAACAACAUAAACACGGAUAGCAGUACUACUAGUCUCUUGGUAGACUUAGCCAAAUUAAACUUUAAUAUGGUUCAAGCCACUCUUCAAAAAGAUAUUAGAGAGUUGUCCAGUUGGUGGAAGAAUCUCGGCCUUUCAGAGAAGUUGGAUUUCGCGAGAGACAGGCUGGUCGAGAGCUUCAUGUGUACUGUUGGACUCGCUUUCCAGCCUGAGUACAAAUGUCUCAGAAAAUGUCUUGCCAAAGUGGUCAAUUUCGUACUCAUUGUUGACGAUGUUUAUGAUGUUUAUGGCUCAUUGGAAGAGCUAAGGCACUUCACCAAUGCCGUUGAUAGGUGGGAUGUCAGGGAAACUCAGAAACUUCCAGAGUGCAUGAAGAUUUGUUUCCAAGCACUCUACGAUACUACUUGUGAAAUUGCUGAGGAAAUUGAGAAUGAGAAUGGUUGCAAGUUAGUUUUAUUACCUCAUCUGAAGAAAGCGUGGGCAGAUUUUUGUAAAUCACUAUUAGUGGAGGCAGAAUGGUACCACAAGGGGUAUAUCCCAUCCUUUGAGGAGUACUUAAGGAAUGGGUGGAUUUCAUCUUCGGGACCUCUUCUUCUUGUUCUAUCAUAUUUCGCUAUACCAAAUGAGACUAAUAAUACGGCCUCUUCUUAUCUCGACAUAACAAACCAAGAUCUCGUCUACAACAUUUCUCUCAUCAUUCGACUAUGCAACGAUUUAGGAACUUCAGCGGCAGAACAAGAAAGAGGAGAUGCUGCUUCGUCGAUCCUAUGCUAUAGGCAAGAAACGAAGAGCAGUGAAGAGGAUGCGAGAAAGCACAUCCGAGAAAUGAUUAGGAAAACAUGGCAGAAGAUCAACAAGAUAUGCUAUAGUAGCAGUAGUCGUAGUCCAUUAUUAUCGUUAUCUUUUAUAGAUAUUGCUCUUAACGCUGCUCGAGUGGCCCAUAGCCUCUACCAAUCUGGGGAUGCCUUUAGUGCUCAACACACAAACUACAAGACUCACAUCCUCUCUUUACUUGUUCACCCUCUCGUUCCCAGUACUUAAAACAAAGAUGUCAGAUCAGAUCACCACCACCACGAGUACUAGUAGUAGUCCUCCAUGGCUCAAAUGGCUCAAAUGGUCUUUUUCUUUAUUGUGUACGGUGGUUAUAUUUUUCUGACCUUGCUCGUUUAGUCCAUUAAAGUAAUAAGUUCAAAUUUUUAAGCACGUGACCGAGUGUUUUAUUUGUUGGUGGUUGAGUUUGAGUAGUUGUUGUCGUGGUGGUCAUUUCAGUGUAAUAUUCAAAGAUAAAUAAAGAAUGUGUUUUCGUUCA